GAAAUUGGUCGAUAACAUGCAACAGGUGAAGGAGAAUGAACCAAAGAAAUGCUAUUGGAAGCUCGAUCGAGGACUUUGAUGUUGGAGAGCAGCUGGGGAAGGGCGGCUUUGCGACGGUGUACCAUGCACGAUGCCGCAACACUGGCAGGGACGUGGCGGUCAAGAAGAUCAACAAAAGCCAGAUCACAGCGGGCGGGCUGAUCAAUCGGGUGCGGCAGGAGGUGACCAUCCACUCCCGCCUCAGCCACCCAUCCAUCCUCCAGCUGUACACCUUCUUUGAGGACCACCACCAUGUCUACCUCAUCCUUGAGCUCUGCGUCAAGGGUGAACUGCAGAAACACCUCAAGAACCUCGGACGUGUGCUGACUGAGAGUGAAGCCCGUGAGUACCUGCGGCAGAUCAUAGAUGGCAUGCUGUACCUCCACUCCAAGGCCAUCAUCCACCGUGACCUGACCCUCUCCAACAUCCUCCUCGACACUCAACAUCAUGUCAAGAUUGCUGACUUUGGGCUGGCCACUCAGCUUCUGCGCCCCGACGACCGCCACACCACCAUGUGUGGCACCCCGAACUACAUCAGCCCUGAAGUGGUGACCCGCAGUUCCCACGGGCUGGAGUCUGACGUGUGGAGCCUGGGGUGCAUGCUGUUCAUCAUGCUGGUGGGCCACCCGCCCUUUGACACCAAAGGCCUCAAGGAGUCCAUCUUCACUAAAGUGGUCAUGGGAGAUUACAAGGUUCCAAGCUAUGUCUCCGCUGAGGCUCGGUCCCUCAUAGCUGAUUGCCUUCAGAAGAACCCCAAAGAGAGGAUCAAGCUGGAGCUGGUGCCGAGCCAUCCCUUCAUGACAGGCGGUGGCAAGACAGAUGCAUCCCGGAUGUGUGACAGUGGAAUGUACACCAUGACAACUGUUGCCACCACGCACCACACCCGCGCCCCACUCACGGCCAUAUCAGAAACUGAGUGGUCUGAGGGCCCUGGCCAACCCUCGGGGCAUCACCCCCCAGGCAGCACCCACAGUGAGCUGCGCCCCAGACACCCUCCAUCACCGCCGGUCAGGAUGAAGUCAAGCCCAAGGGACCUCCUUCCCCCAAAUGCUGGCAUCAUUGACAGCCUCAAGAGGAAAUUCACACCCCUUCCUUCUUUGAGGCGUGGAGAAGACUUUGCCUUUCCUCCUCCUUCCAUCCCUCCUCCAGCCAGAAGGGAGCGGGAUGUGUACGAGGAGCGACACAGACAGCACCAGCACCAGCACACCUCUGAGCCAAAGCACUGCUCCUCCAGCUCUUGUGAGGAUAAGUCAGCUUCUCACCACUCAAGCAGCAGCACAUCCAGCACAGCCAGAGCCAAAACUAGUGACCACAGGGGACCCAGACAAAGCUGUGGCCGAUCUCCCAAGAAAUCAAGGUCCUUAGAGAGAGAUGCUCACAGCAGGGACACCUCAAACAUGCCUGGUGGUUAUUACAGUGAUGCAUCUCAAGCACAGUACCAGAGCAACCAUGGUCCCUCUGAAUCUUAUGGAAGACUCACUACCCAGCAGAGUCACACAUCUGAAUCCAGUCAUGACUCAGUGUAUUCACAGAAAUAUAAUGUAGAUGCAGCCAGUGGGUCAAGGGACUUACUGGGAGCUGCAGAUGGUUACCAGAGGGAAGACCCUCAACAUGCAUACAAUACUAGGUGUAGAGAAAGACCUGUGAGUGCAUCAAGGAGUCAUGACUAUUCACAGGACAGACUGAAAGACACAGGCAGGGAGAGGCAUGGCCACUCUCACAGAAGCAGGUCACUGGAAAGAUUCAAGGAAAGGCCAAGAGAUCCCACCAACAUCAGGGUGAGAGACCCCAAGCAUCCCAGUGCAAGGGACCGAUCUAAUGAAGCCUACAGAGACAGGACUCACCCCUGCUCACAAAGCUCCCAUCACAGGUCAUGUGAGUGUGAGGAGUGGCAUUCAUCAACCAUAUCCUGCAGCAAUAGACCAACACACACCAGGACAGACAACCGAGGCUGGAGGGGUGAUCAGGACUCUCACUCUGGCUACACUCGUGUCUCAAGCAGCUCUCAAGGCAAGGGAGCCAAGCCACCAAGUAAGGGUGAGGACAGUGCUCAGUCAGCCAGUGGGAUGUACAGCAACAUGCUGAGUGACAUCCCUUCUGUACCUCACAACACACCAGCCAGAAGUGAUGCCAGUGCCUUGGGCAGCACUCAGCAGCCCAGCAACCCCAAGCACCCAGUCACCCCCAAAAAGUCCUCCAGUGGGAGCCAGACUCUCAGAGAGCAGGCCUCCCCGCUGUCCUCCCGUCGGCUGAAGAAGGUGCGCUUCCGGAGCAACAAGUACUUCCUGAAUAUCUUGGAUAAUGGAGAAGUGUGUCUGGAGCACCUCAGCGUCCGCCACAACCAGGAGCUCGUGGAUGACAUCUGCAGGAUUUCCCCUGAUGGCUUGAGGAUCGUCAUUUAUCGCCCAAAUGGUGGUUCGGGGUCAGCGCCAGGCGAGUCCCCGCUGCCGCUGCCUGAGGAAGGGGCAGAUCUCAUAUACUCCUUUGAGAACCUUCCUGCCAAGUACUGGGCCAAGUACAAGGCAGCUGCAAGGUUUGUGAAGCUGCUGAGAUCAAGAACCACCAAGAUCACCUACUACAGUGAGCAGGCCAAGUUCUACCUCAUGGAGAACUCCCCUGACCCAGACUUUGUAGGACAGUUCUACCAUGGCACCAAGAUAACCCACAGCAGUAAUGGUGUGGUGGUGAGGGAAACAAGUGGAGUCUCUCACAGCAUAUCUCAUUCGGCAGCUUCAAAGGCACUGCCACUCCACCUCCAGCCACUCCUCUCACACUUCAAAGAGGUCCACAGUCACUGCCGGCAUCUGGAACAAGUGUUGGAUGACCUCGCCAACAAGACUGAGUUGAGUUGCUUCCCCGUCAUCAUGGGGUCCAGGCCGCCCUCAGCCACCAUCUCCCCUCCAGAGUCCACCAGAAGCAGAGGACACGCCAGCGAUGACAAGGAAAAUCGUUCCCCAACAUCACUGCAGUCUUUCCGGUCUCCACAAAACAUUAUGGCUCAGCUUGGGUCAUUUGAAGGGUCUUUGGCCAGUGUACAUGCCAGUGGUGUGCCUCCCUUGAUCAGGGCACCCCUUGCCCCCCACCUCCCCAGUAACAUCCCAGCACAGUCAGCAGAGCCACCGAAGACCUCGCCAGUUCGUGUGUACAUCCAGAACAUUGGCUGGGCAUCAAAGGGAAGCGACGGAGAGGUGUUGGUGGAGUACCUGGAUGGCAGUCGUGUGCAGGUGAGCAGCAACUCCCCGAGAGUGAUGUUCACAGAGGCCUCCGGUGCCUCCUCCACCUACUCGGUCAAGGACAACUUGCCAUUGGCCUUGAAGGAAAAGCUGGCACAGAUGCAGACAGUUUUGAGUUGCUUGGCUCAGUCCACAAACCCUAAGGUCUUGCAUAUGGACCACAGAUGAUGUUUGCACAGUGAAUGGCAGUCACGUCCUACAGAAGAUUGGGUUCUUCUUGGUGGUAAAGUGACCCUUACUUGUCAAGGACAACAUUUUAUGUGAUUGAGCAACACAACUGCCUCUGCAUGAACAUGACUGACAGGUAGGCUGGGUUGCAUAGCUGCUCUUCACUUACAUUCUAGUGAGCUUGAAGGACCCUUUGUGUCAGUAGUGAUAUCGCAAUUUUCUCAUGCUAAAAAAAAAUGUUAGGCUUCAAUCUAUCGUUAGAUUAAUCCCAGUAGUGGGGGAUGUAGUUGUUCACAGUUGUAGCUACUCCCUUGAGGGGGUCAGUCAUCUCUAUACAGCAGGAAAUUUAGCUGCACUGCUGCCCCCAUCACUACCAGGUCCCCUACAAGUUAGGGUCAUAGCUGCAGGAGUUCUAGUGAGACCAACCUAAGUGAGCUUGUUAGUCUUAAUACUAGAAUGUAGCAUGUAAGAGGCAGGUGAAUGAAAGAUUUUAUUUUUGUAGUAAUUUUAGGCACACGAAUACUAACGUAAUAACUGGGCUGAUCCCUGACACACACAUCAUGAGAAAAUGUGACUACCACUACAACUCUCGCUAUAAUGCUAACAACUUAAAGAGUACAGCAAUGGAUGUGAAGGAAGAGACUAUGUACAAAGGCUUACAUACAUAGUAUGCAGGUUCUUAAGAUAAAAGUUCACAAAUGGUAGAAGUAACUUAAAUAACUUGCUCAUAAUGUUAUAACCUCUGUAAAAUGUGCUCUUAUGGAAAAUGCAGAUAUAAUAUAUAUUCAAAAGAAACCCAACCCUUUCAACCCCUGCCUGUGACUUGCACCGGCCCCCUCUCACACCCACACUGAUCACUAGCCACAGCCCUCACUCCGACCCACACUCCUCGCAGUAGGAAAAGGCUGAUAGAAAUGUAGAAAUAUAUGUAAAGAUCUGGACACAAGAAUAUACAGAGACCUGGCUAGAUACUCCAAGCAAUACCAGAUACAGCACCAAUAUGAUGACUGUAGUGUUCCAUCGGUCAUGCAACACUGGGUGAGAAUAAGGUUAAGAUUAAUAGCAGCCCUUUUCUAGUGUACAGUGUUUGAUGUACAUGUGAGGCAGAUCUGAUGACUGAAAUGUGCACACACACACACACACACACACACACACACUAACAGGGAGCAUAUGCCAGGUGGUGCAUUGCUUCAUUCACCCGCAGCCUCCACUCCCGACAAUCCCCUGAAGCAAGCCUCCACGCAGCUACCCUUUCCAUUUCAGGCCCCACUCGGUAGGGUCGAUCAAAUUGCCCCAGCCAUGAGUUAUGUGGGUGUUCCCUUGGUCUCCUCCAGUCAGGGUUGUCUCAUACAGAAACAACCCUAUGAGCAGGAAGCAUGCCACAUGCCCAUAUUGCCAGAGUUGGCAUUCAAAGACUAAGCUGGUAACGGGCCUCAAUUCAGUUUCAUCAAGAAGUCGCUGGUUCAGCACAAGUCAUUCCAGCGAUAUCCCAUGACCCUGUGAAGGUACUUGGUACCAGAGGCAUCUACACGCCUCUCCAAGUCACUCUUCAGUGUCCAUGUCUCACAGCCAUGCAGUAAGACAGGGAUCACAAGUGACGUAAAGAUCUGAAUCAUUGUCUGGUCUCCAUAGAUAUCGACAAUGCCGUGUACUCAUGUUGAGCGAGUCCAUAAUAAAGUGGGCCAAGCCAAUCCAUCGAGUGACUUCCUGGUAAAACCCAUCUUUGUUUUGCACUAUGCUGCCAAGGUAUGUGAGGUUUUAGUGACCUCAGUGUGCUCACCAUAUGCAUGAACAGACUGAACUAUGUUCCAGCAAGCCUCCAAAUACCUGGACCUUGGUUUUGGCCCAGGAGGCCUUCAGUCCCACUGGCUUCACCUCCCCAUGCAUACUUUGAGAGCCAUCACCAGAACCUCCAGCCAUUCCAUAAGUACGGCAUCAUCAGCAAAAACGUCAGUGUCCUUGGUGAUGCCAACAGAUGGUUCACAACAACUUUGCUAUAUGCCCCCCCACACACACAUGCCAAAUAUCACAUGCAUACUACUCUCAUACAAUCUUAAUAUUACAUAUAUUCACCAAUUUUCUCUGAACUGCACACUACCCAACAAAAACAAAGUGCUAACAAAGUACAGACUCUCACUGUGCCUGGGCUGAGGGUGUGGGGCUGGGAAGGGCUGCUGGUCAGGCCACAGGACCACAGGACCACCUCUCAGUUUAGUCAUACUAUGACAGAAGGCAACAGUACUUUCAACAAGUAAAAAAGAAAAGAAAAGAUAGUAUUGUAAAGUACAUUAAAGCCAUUACUUAACACUGGGGUAUUUUCAAACGUAGGGUGUCACUUAGCAACUGAGAAACUGAGCAACACAUGAUUAAGAGAACAUUAGGUAAAAAAGUACAGUGUUCCAAUUUUGAGAUUGAGAGUUAGGUAAACAUGCAAGGUGCAGGUGAGUCUCCUGUUAAUGAAGUUCAGGAGGAUAAAAAUAAAUACAGAUUUGGUGCUCAGACAAACAGGCUACUGGUUAAUGAACUCAAAGAUAUGUACAUUGUGAAACUAUGUAGCAGGAAGGUGAUCUUGUACUCUAUCUCUAACUCAACUGUAGUCAACACAUGUCUGCAACAAAGUUUAACAGAAAGCAAAUAUGAAGGACAAAGUUUGGGUGAACAGUGACAAGUGGAGACUUUUACAGUUGAUGGAUGGACUAUGUGAUCGAAAAGUGACAAAACAAAAAAAUGGUAAUGAUUGUAAGCACUAUUAGGAUUAAUAUAAUUCUUAGAAUAAACAUACAUAAAACAAAUAAAUACAUACAAGUUCCACAUUACCACAUCCGUAACUGCAGAUGGAGUGCCAGAAUGGAAGGCAGAAAACAUGCCAAAAUUAUAACCAUUAUAAAACACACGUCACACUCUUCCGUCCCUUCUCUAGUGGCUCCCCGCUGGCAGUGCUCAGACAGCUUCCUCUCGCCCUGUCCUGACCCCAUGUCUCUCCAGACUCUCUGUGGUAAGCUCUGUAUUAACUGUGAAGCAUGCUAACGUACCAAGUUUUUUUCCACCCUGAUGAAACUUUUGAAAUAUAUUCAUUUGCAAGACCAUAUGCUGGUUUAUGUGCAAAGAUAUGUUGAGAACUAUCUCCUCUCAAACAAACAUAAUGAAGUUAUGGCUCAGAAUCAACACCUUCAAGCCAGGUGGCACACCUCCUCGCUCCCCAGGCCAGUGAUGAAUUGUCCCCAUACACCUUAGUGUUAAAUUUGGAAUGCUAAUGAGAGUAGUAGUAUUCAAUGAUAAGAUAUUAAUGAAGCCUCUACCGAUGAUUUUCAUUAUAUACAGGAUUCAACUUUAAGAGAGGAGGCUAAUCACUGGCUACCAGGAAAUACAACAGGGCAUCACCCUAGUUGUAACUUGCAGGGAGGGGCACCACACGCCUCAAAGGCUCUUGGUUCCUGGUCAUGUUAUGUACUAAUAUAGUCUAUUCAUUUGGGCAAGGCCACUCAUGUUAGCUUAGUCCCAGCGACUCCACUUCCCCCUUCUGGCUGGGUAGCUCCGAGCUGGAUGAUGUAACCUUCUUGUCAUGUUAAGUAGUCAACAUAAAAUGGUAAGUAGUAAUAAUAAAAUGUUUAGUCAACAUAAAAUGCACUUCUAACACAAACUGUUCAAGCACUGCCCAAGGUGAUUUAAUUUAAUUAUGCAUUUUAUGUUGACUACUUAACAUUUUAUUAUUACUACUUACCAUUUUAUGUUGACUACUUAACAUGACAAAUAUAGGUUACAUCACCCAGCUUGGAGCUACCCAGCCAGAAGGGGGAAGUGGAGUCGCUGGGACUAAGCUACCGUGAGUGGCCUUGCCCAAAUGAAUAGACUAUACUGAAGAAGAACAUUGGGUAAGUUGGGGCUCCCUAAAACUGAACAUUGGCUUAGUCACAGAGAUGGUCAUGUUAGAUGUUUACCAAACAGGUCAAUAAAGGUGAUCCUUAUUGCAUCCCUAAAGAGUGACUAACAAAGUAAAGUAACAGGAUUCUGAGAAAAAAAA